AGGACUGAGUGGAUGCUACAGCGGGAAGUAUUCCAUGAACUGUCCAAACUCUGGGGUCCUUUUGAGACUGACCUGUUUGCAUCAAGACUGAACAAACAGAUGCCUGCAAAAAAUAACACAGGAAGAAUCCGAGGGUGUGAUUAUUGUUCCAAUGUGGUCGACUCAGACAUACUACCCAAGAUUAAUGUCAAUGGUGAUCCAACCUCCAAGACGCCUACCAAUGAAGGAGAACUUACUGAGGCUGCCUCACUCUCAAAUAAGCCAUCCACUGUGGAAAAAGAYGCAACUGUUAGCAUGUCUUGUGUCUGGAAAAGUCUCGAAGCAGAAGGAAUUCCGCCAGAAGCUAGAGAAAUCAUGCUCCAGUCAUGGAGAAAGUCAACAAGAGACCAAUAUGAUGUACACUUCAGGAAAUGGAUGUUGUUCUGUAGUGAAAGGAACAUUGAUUCCAAUGACAUUUCUGUAGGAAAUGACAUUUCUGUAGGAAAU